CUUUCAUAUAAGUUACUGAUUUUGGAGGAAAUUAUUAAGUCUCCCGUUAGCGUGCUAUCCAUUACGCAUUGAGCUUCCGCCUCACCAUCGCAAUAUGGAAGUUGCUGGCGUCGUGCUGGGCGCGAUGCCGAUUGUUCUGUACGCGCUCGACAACUACAAAAGAGCCUUGGGUCCAGCAAAAAGAUUCUGGAGUUGGGAAGACACGAUCCAAGAAAUCAUAGACAACGUCAUGCUUCACCAAGAGCAUCUCAACACGACUCUCCGCAACAUGGGCCUCCAGAACCCCAACAUGGCCCAGAUCGAGGCCGUCCUUCAAGUGCACCGGCCAGACAAGUGUCAUUACUUCAUGUCCAUCUUGCGGAACAUGGACGGUCAGAUGAACGAGCUGCUGGACAGGCUGGAAGUGGACUUGGAUGGUCAACCCAGAUGGUCAAACCACAAGGCCGACACGGCUGGGUGGGAAUGGCGACGGGUUAAAAGGAGUUUUGGAGCAAGGGACAGAAAAAAUGUUUUUGAGAAGCUUCACAGGUGGAACGUUGCGCUUCAAAACUGCGGUCUGGAAAGACGAGAAAUUAGUCUUGACUCCGAGCACUCCAUCGUCAACCUGGUUCGUUCCCGGUUCAACGACCAAAUUUGCGCCGCGAUAAGGCUAAAUGUCUUGGCCUUGCAUCGGGCUUUGACGUUCGGAUUGGGGUGCGCGUGCCUGUACCCCCAUAAAGGUAAUCUCGAGCUGAACUGGCACGCGCCGGACAGCCCUGCUCCAUCGAAGUCAUUUAGCGUUGCCAUCUCCGGUGGGAAAUACUCGGCCAUUCAAGCUGGCCAUGUGACAUGGAAACUGCUGUCCGUGAUGAUGGAGGAGAUGGUUUCCUCUGACCCGUCACAAACGAACGCUCAGUCUCCAACUCCGCCCACACCAUUGCCGCCGCAGUUGCCGUCGCCGUCGCCGUCUACCCGGACGGAUCCUUUGGCCAAUUCGAUGCCAGCUCUAUCAAAAAGGCGCCGGAUGGUCCAGUUCCUGAGUUUGAGUGGCGCAGAGUCAAGGAACGAUCUCAAGCCGGCAUCUUCAUCCGACGCUUCGUCCCCAAUACCGCAGGCUUCUGCAGAGCCUUUGCCACGAUCAGUUCCGCCAGUACCAUUAGUUGAAUUAUGCACAAUUCUAAAGUUGGGGUGCCAUGGGUCAUCUGCCGAUCUCUGUUGCAUUCCGGUGCCAAAUACAAGCUUCCGUUUCCAACUACAAACCGCUCCGAGUCCGACGAUUUCGGCCGUCCCUAGGGAAACCAUUUCUCUAGACUCCCUUCUUUUGAGAAAACGCAGCCCAAUCACUGAUCGGGAGAUCCUUCUAAGGCGAAAGCAACGUUUUGGUAUCGCCGCGGCGUUGACCUCGGCGGUGCUACACCUUUGCGACUCCAACUGGAUCGGGAAGACGAUCGAGAAUGACGACAUUCAGCUAUUCCUCGAGUCCCAUACCGGAUCACCGAAUCUGUCAAGGAAUCCGUACCUGUUAUGCAACUUCCAUUCGAGCUCUUCUGGCGCUUCACAGGCACAGCAAACUCCCAGAGACAAUUUUCAGAGCAAGCAGAUUCAGAACUGUACUCUAUACUCUCUGGCGAUCCGACUUCUCGAACUAGGCUUGAACAAACCCUUCUCGAAGCUGCGACACGAGUAUAGCUCCUUCGCAGCAUCGGACUCAGGGGCGGAGCCACCUCCCGCUGACGAUUCCAGCGUCGUGGGCGACUUUGACAUCGCCAAGGCUCUUAUAGUGGAGCUGGCACUGGAUCCCGGAAGAACGUUCGCCGAUGCAGUAGACCGAUGUUUGAGGUUCUUAUUUCCCGGACCUGAGCAUCUCAACAACUUCAGUGAGCCUUCAUUCAGAAAAACAUUUUUCGAGGAAGUGGUAGCCCCUAUUCAAGCCAUAUAUGAGAUGACCCCUGACUUGUGAGACGACGAUGCGCUUUGGUGAUCACGUGCUAGCCCUAGAUAUUGUCAGCCUGGCACCUCGGUUCACACGGUACACUGUGAACUGCAUCUCACGUGACUCUAUCAGUCACCUGCUUACUCAUCCCGGUUAUGUAUAUAUUCGCUCUAUAUAACGUAGUUCACAAGCGAGCGGUCCAACCCAAGCGAGCGGUCCAUCCCAACCAUGAUAGCCUAAUAACUACUUUGCAUUACAAUGCUAUCCCAACG